GGGAGUGGGGAGUUCAUCUCGUGAUUACGUCACAUUUGCGUCUGCCCCGUGGCGUUCCCAUGUUUGUAAUGUAUGGUUCUCUUCCCCACUUUCCCACCACUACUACACAGUGAUGGUUACGAGUGAGAUAGGACCCUUUGUACCAAGGGCUGUGAGAGGAAGACCCCUUGUUUGAUUAGGAAGUGGUAGCCGAGAAGAGUGGCACUCCGUCCAGCAUAGAGGAGGUGACGUGGAGUUUAUACACCAGCGGAAGAUGAUGUUGCUAUAUUGCCACCGGUGAGGCCUGCCCUGCACUGCACUCUCCCAACAUGCCCAGACGGGGACUGCCAUUGCAGGGCAGAGCACGAUGGCUCCUCCUGGGCAUCUUCCUGCUCCUGGUGUUGUUACUGUUCGCUUACCUGCUGGAGUGCACACCACCCGCUGAUGCCGGUCUGUCCCUGCCAGGUCUGGGGGCUGAGCCCUAUGGCCGGGAGUACUACCAGGCCAUGCUCCAGGAGCAGGAGGAGCGCCACGUCAGUCGGGCCAACAGCCUGAAGCGGCAGAUUUCCCAACUGAAGCAGGAGCUGCAGGAGAUGAACGAGAAGCUGAAGGCCCUGCAGGAGCGCAAGGAGGCCCCGGCAGGAGGGCCGGGACUGACCAGUGACAAAGACCAAGAGCCCGGAGACCUGCUGGAGUAUUUGCACGCCCAGAUUGACAAGGCCGAGGUGAGCACGGGGGCAAGGCUGCCCAGCGAGUACGCCCUGGUGCCCUUCGAGAGCUUCACCUCCACCAAGGUGUUCCAACUGGAGAUGGGCCUCACGCGGCACCCAGAGGAGAAGCCUGUGAGGAAGGACCGGCGGGACGAGCUGGUGGAGGUGAUCGAAGCAGGACUGGAUGUCAUCAACAACCCAGACGACGAGGACGCACAAGAGGAGGAUGUUCCCAUGCAGAGACAAACGUACACUGAGGGCCAUUUUAUUGAAGGGCUGUACAGGACAGAGCGGGACAAGGGCACUCUCUAUGAACUGUUCUUUGCUAAAGAAGAUUCCAAUGAAUUCCGUCAAGUCACUCUCUUCCGUCCAUUUGGUCCACUGAUGAAGGUGCGGAGCGUGUCCGUGGAGAUGACCCAUACCAUCAUCAACCUCAUAGUGCCUCUUUCAGGCAGGACUGAAACCUUCACUCAGUUCCUCCACAUCUUCAGAGAAGUAUGCAUACUGCAAGACAAGCGAGUCUAUCUUACUGUGGUCUAUUUUGGGCAGAAAGGACUGCAGGAUGUCAAGAUUUCGCUUCAAAAAAUGGCCAGAGAGGAGAACUUCACAGACUACACCUUACUUCCUGUGGAUGAGGAGUUCUCCCGCGGCCGUGGCCUGGACAUCGGCGCUCAUGCCUGGAAGAGGAGUGCCGACGUCCUCAUGUUCUUCUGUGACGUGGACAUCUACUUCAACCUGGAGUUUCUCAACUCUUGCCGCCUUAACACUGCCCCUAAUAAAAAAGUCUUCUAUCCAGUGGUGUUUAGCCUCUAUAAUCCUGCUGUUGUCUAUGGGAAUCUUGAGCUGGCUCCUCCCAUUGAAAAUCAGUUGAUUCAUAAAAAAGACACCGGAUUUUGGAGAGAUUUUGGUUUUGGUAUGACUUGCCAAUACCGAUCUGACUUCCUAAACAUUGGUGGCUUCGACCUGGAGGUCAAAGGUUGGGGCGUGGAGGACGUCCACCUGUACAGGAAGUACCUGCGGAGCGAAUUAAUAGUGGUGCGCACGCCCGUCUCCAGCCUCUUCCACCUGUGGCACGAGAAGCGGUGUGCGGACGAGCUGACCCCGGAGCAGUACCGCAUGUGCAUCCAGUCCAAGGCCAUGAACGAGGCCUCCCACUCCCACCUGGGAAUGCUGGUGUUCCGAGAGGAGAUCGAGAACCACCUCCGGAAGCAGGCCUUCAGGACUCAGAGCAAAGCAGAGGAUUAGGACCAGCCUUGCACACGUAGGAUUUAAUCUAAACCUAGACCUAACCACUGGAUACUAGGAUUACUGUUUGAAGGUUUUGUCGAGAUGUAAAUGGUUACUGCAAGGAUUAGCCAAACCUCCGAAACAAUGGGUUUGUGAAGACCUGUACUUCACUGUAGAAAGACUCGACGGCAAUGCCCAUAUGACUAUUUGGCAUCUCCACCUGAGGAGAUCAGCCGUCUCGGAGAGGCUGUCUAAAUGGCCAAAUGCUUUUAUGAAGGUCAGUUCAGCUCCGGCUUGCCACGGAAGCUUUAAGUGGGUUACAGUUACGUGGCUCUCCAGGGAGGAGUUUGAACUUGAAUGAAUGACAUUGAGGCAUAUUUCCUGCCUUAGAAGUUAAUACAGAGUUUCAGUACUUUUACUGUCUGUAUAGCUGGUUUUAACAAUUGUUCGUAGAGCCAUAUUUCCUUUUUUAUUUUCUAACUGCGCUGUGAUGAAAAAGGGAUCAGUGUUAAAGCAGUCAUUUCCGAAAGGGACAAUCUGUUACUGAGAAUGAAGUUUACGGAUCUAAUACUACAGUAAAUGUUACUGAAGGAAGAACUGUGUGAAUGGAUCAGCAAAUGCAACAUCUUUUGAAAUGCUACAAAAAGCAUGGGCUUGUUCAUAUUUUACAUAUGUUACAUUGAUCAUUUUUUAUAUUUAAAUGCCACAUUUGAACAAAACAAAAACCUUAGUGCUUUGUAAAGGCGAUAACAAUUUGAAACGGUCUCAGCUGUCAAAGCUUUUUUUGUCUUAAAUUGUUUGAGACCACUUCAGCCACCGAAACUGGUGUAACUGGGUGCAACCUGAUGAUGUGCCUCGAAUUACAAAAUGAGGACAAAGCGAAUGUCCUGUUCCCAAGAUGUUGUGUGUAUAUAAAGAUCUGUAAACAUGAGCCGGAGGGGAAGCCUGGACAGCAGCAUGCUCCAUGUCUCAUUUCUUGUCCUUUUGAUAACAUGAAUAAAAUUUUAACCCAAA